AUGUUCCAAUUACAAGACCCACGAAUGCUGCAGAUGCUAGAGAAAUCCUUGAGGAAAUUCCUCCCUGAGUCCCUAAAGGUUUAUGGGACUGUCUUCCACAUGAACCAAGGAAACAUGUUCAAGCUAAAGGCCCUGGUGGACAAGUGGCCUGAUUUUAAUACAGUGGUUGUCCGCCCUCAGGAACAGGAGAUGACAGAUGACUUUGAUCAUUAUACCAAUACCUACCAAAUCUAUUCCAAGGAUCCCAAGAACUGUCAAGAAUUCCUUGGCACAUCAGACGUCAUCAAUUGGAAACAACAUUUACAGAUCCAAAGUUCACAGUCCAGCCUGGAUGAGAAAAUACACAACCUUGCAGCCAUAAAACAGGUCAAAGUCAAGCAAUCACAAUGCAUCCUCUAUAUGAUGCCCAAGACAGCCAGAAGACUGCUCCCUUCCCUGACAGAGGCAAAUAACCUUACUCUUAAAAUUGGCAAACCCAAAUUCAUUAAUGAAGAGCUGUUUAAACUCUCCUCUCUGGAUGUUACCCAUGCUACCCUGGUGGAUAAAUUCUGGCAUUUCGGUGGCAAUGAGAGAAGCCAGAGAUUCAUCAAGCGCUGUAUUCAGACCUUCCCCUCCUUCUGUCUUCUGGGGCCUGAGGGAACCCCUGUGUGCUGGAACCUGAUGGACCAGACAGGAGAGAUACGAAUGGGGGCCACCCUGCCUGAGUACCGGGGCCAGGGUCUAAUAUCCUAUAUGUUGUUUGCCACUACUCAGGCUUUGGAUAAACUUGGCUUUCCUGUAUAUAACCAUACAGACAAAGCCAACAAUAUCAUACAGAAAGCCAGUCAUAAUCUGCACCAUGUCCGCUUGCCCUGUGACUGGAACCAGUGGCAAUGUGUGCCUCUUUGA